AGUCCGAGUGAAGGGAGCUGAGGAAAUAGCGCUAUGACUCUCGUUUAAAGAUACAUUAGGGGGUAUGACGUUCUCAGAAGCCAAAAUAGGCUUAGCUGUAGUACGAUGGGCACAAACACUAAAGAGGAAUAAAAAUAGUGGCGUACUUAAACAGUGAAUGAAUUUAGAUGUCGAGUUUAUUUUGUCAACAGUGAAAGAAGUUGACUUAGGGACCAUAAAAAUAUAUGGUAUAAUAAACUGUUAAAAAGACAGGGAGAGCCAGUGAAUAUGGAUCGCGUUAAAAUGUACCAACAAGAAAUAAUACAUUUCGAAGUUGAGAGAGAUCCCACCAGAACUUGGAAAAACAGAAAAGCCUGAGAAAUAGGCUACGAAUUUAAAAUAGGCAACACAAAAGUGAUAAUACACGACCACGAUGGUCUAAAAGACACUAGCGAAGGCAUGUUAGUCCUAAACGGCAACGAACGAAUGAUUACGGGAGUCAGAACAGCAAGUGUGAUAUUUGACAAAUUAGCAGAGGACGCAUUGAAAGAGAUUCAGAUCUCUCGCGAAAAUCUGGGUAGACAAAGCCCUGACUGCGUGCGGGUAAAUCGCCAUUAGUAGACAAAUUAAAGUAACACAUUUAACUCUAAUGGGAACUAGACAAUAUAAACAUUAAAUAACGAAUGUAAUUAGAGGGAUGACUACAGGAAUACAUCAAAAUUUAGACAAAGGACGUUUGACUUUAUAUCUACUAAUAAAUAACAAAAACAGAGAAGAGUUUAAACGUAUUCUUAAUGCGAUGAAAAGUGAGGGUGAUUUCGAGGUGAGAAUUCCAGCUGCGUCGGCCUCUGCAAUAAAAGAGACAAAAGGUCAGGAAAUGCUAAAUAAAAUUGAAAGCUCAGGCGGAGAAGAAAUAAAUGAAACAUCAUACUCUUACAGUCUAACUUCAGACAGUGAGCCUGAACUUAAAAGAAAGAAAGAAAGAAAGAAGCGCGAUUGCGACAGAAAGAUAGCGGAGCUAUCUCGUUAUUAAAGGUGAGUCAUUUAAUUUAGAAUGACUGGCCAUUAAUGGAAUUGAGAGGUGUACGAUUUUAAAAAAGAAAACCCUCUUCUAAAAACAAAGCAGAAGUUUAGUACAAAAAAUAAAACAUUUUUUGAUAAAAUAAAUAUUCAUGCACGUGAACUCACUUACGGACAAGUGAGAACAUGCAUAUCACCAUCAGCUUUGCAAAUAGUGAAGCACGACGGAUGGAGUAAAUCCGCAAAAACGGCGUUAUUUCAGGAAGGAUACGAUUUUUCAAGGAAAAUAAUAAAGAGCAUUAAAAGCGUUGUAAAGGCGUUGUAAAAACAUUGAGAACCGAAGUGAAACAUUUACGAGGCGAAGUAAAAAAAAAAAAAAAAAAUUAAAUGCUCAAAAGUCGAUAGCACCAAUGGGGAAAUUAGACAUUUCCGACAAUUGGGAAAAUGAAGAAGAGCCACAGAUCAAACCAUAUGAAAAAGUAGGUCGAUGUUCUCCGGAAUUAUUGAGUACACCGUUCAGACUAUUAGAAUUUAAAACUCCGCGUAGGUAAAGACAAGCAGACUGAGAUAUAAUCUAAAUUGCUGGAAUUACAAUUGACGGAGGCAAUUCAUAAGUAAAUAAGUGUUAGAAAAACGUAGAAAAUUAGAGUGGGUUUGUAGUUGAAGGCGCGGAAAAUGCCAACUUACUAAGAGAGGCAAUUACGAGAUUGGUACAUAAAUUUGGUAUAUGUAUUGCACGAGUUUUACACAUCGUGCUAUUUAUACGCAACCUCAGGAGACUGGUAGCACAUACAUGCACGGGUCAUGCAAUCUUAGCCGAGGCAACAGAAAAAAUUGAGAUUUAACAGGAACAGAAGACCAGUACUCAUUACACAUUAAAGGUAGCUUAAUACGCGCCGUAAAAGACCAAGUGCCUCUCACUUCAGGAUGAAAUUCCUAUGUCAGACAAAGUAAGACUUUUACCAGAAGAGAAAUACAAGGAGGAUAUAAUUAAUUACAAUCCUGAAAAAUGUGACUAACAAACAAAUAGAAUAACGAUUGGCUGAGUACGACUUAACUUCUCAACACGUGAAAAUAGUGAGGAAAAAGGAGCCAAAUAGGCGUUUCAAUAAGUAAAGCGAAAGCGAAUAAAACCGAAAAUAAUACAAUGACAAAAAGGGCGUAUAGUACGCGAUCUCAGAUAGAGAGACCAUUUAAAAAAAAAGUACAGCUAACGUACCAUUUCAAAGCAAAAGAGACUGGGAGCGAAGUAAAUAUGGAACAGAAAGUGAAAGAGAUUCGUAUCCAACACGCAAAAAUCUAAUUAUGUCCUGGAGGAAAGAGCAGAGAACGAAGUGCCUGAAAAGCGAAUGCAGUUUCAGUUUCCUAAGCGCAAAAUAGAAAACACAAAACUCAAAAAGGUGAGAGGAAAUCAAGUAAUGAAUAAUAAUGUAACGGACUCGGAGACCGAAGCAGAUCUUAAAACGCAUAAUUAUCAGAGACCGAUAAAGACGUCGGAAUGACUAAGAGAAAAAUGCUUUGUUAAAACAGAAUAUCUGUGAUAGAAAUGUAAUUAAAAUUCACAUAUUAAAAUAUAAGGAAUUGACUUUCCAGUUAAUUCUGGAGCACUGAUAUCAAUUACAACACCACCACUAAAAGAAAAAAGCUGAAUUAUUGUUCAGACGUAUGACAGAAUUAAAACGGAAAAAAAAUAACUAUUUGAAGAAAGUUUGGAAUAAAAACAAGUAAAUGUAACGAAAACUUGCUUGCUGGAACUUGAGGAAAAUAUUAAGAUAAAAGAAGUACAUUUAGAAGAGUAAUUAAAACGAAUUAGGAAUAAGGGAGAAUAAGAUGAUAGGAUCUGAGCAGAAAAAAGGAUAAAUUAAUACGAAUGCUGAAAGACAACACUUUUUGGCAAAUUAAAAAAUUAUUUAGGGGCUAUUGAUGAAAACUACGCUCACGAAAAAUAAUAGGAGGAAUGCGCGAACCUCAACGCCAGUAUCCGACCAAUAAAUUAGCCAAAAAAGAACUAAAUAAGAGAAUAUAAGAAUUGUUAGAGCAAAACGUUAUUAAGGAAGUAAAAUCUCCAAUAAUUAGUAGGCUAAUUCAAGUCAUUGAACCGGACAAUACAUUUAGAUUAGUGACAACUUCAAGGCUUUGAACAGAGCUAUUAAACCGGACAAACGGUGUAAUAAAUGCACGUUAUAGACAGCAUUAAGCGAGUGAAAGAAAUGCAAAUUUCUGUUGGAGAUAGAUGUAGCAAAAAGGUCAACACCGCUAAUAGAGGCGAGCCAGAAAGAAAAAGAAAGCGCUUUCAGUUAACAAUAAAUUAUUGUACAUUUCUGCAAGUAUUUAAAAAGCUCAGUGGUAUUUCAGAGCGUAAUAAUGGAUAGAUAUUAAGACUUACCGGUAGAAAUGUAUAUCGUUGAUGUCCUAAUAAUAUACGACAAUGAGAAACAACAUAUUUAAAUAAUUUAACAAACGCUAAAGAAACUAGCCGAUUCAGGUUUAAAUAUAGAUAUUAAUUCAAACGAAUUAAUGAUGGAGAUGGUUGAACUUAUGUGAUUUUGCAUCUCAGCAGACAACUGUGGAAUUACGCAAAUGAGCGCAUUACCGUCAUAAAGACUCCGAACACCGUAAGACACGUUCGAAAAAUAAUGGGUUAGAAAAUUAUGUAAAGGAUAUAAAUCCAAAAUUUUGCCAAAUGGCAAAGCCAAUAUAUGCCACUAUAAAAGAAAACAAAUUGCAAGGGAAGCAAGAGGCCGAAGAUGCGUUGCGCAGCCCACAAACGGCACUUUAUUUUAGACUCAGGCCAGCUAGAAGUGAAAACAGACGAAAAAGUCUUGGAAGUAGAUCUUGAAAUAGAUCCAAUUGGUUAUCAAUUGAUAGCUAGAAAUUCUAAAAACAGAAUGCCUAUAAAAAAUUGUAACUGGAAAUUGAGAAAGGCCAAAUUAAAAUGUAUUUCUGUAGAAAAAGCUUAUCAACACUACUGAAAAGAUAUCCUGAAUUACCGGAUCUAGCGAGAGGAAAGCAGAACUUGGUAAAACUCGGAUAAAUUAGUCAUGGAGCUGACUAAAAACAAAGUUAAGCUUGCGAAAGCAUUAAACUCUAGAUGGCAGAUAUGUGAAAAUAUACUUUUAGAUCCAAAUUUAAAAAUCAGAAACAGAGGAAAAAUGAAAUAUCAGGAAACAGCUGUGAACCUGUUAAAAAGCAUUGUAGUUUAUACGGAUAGUUCUAAACCACCAAAAGGAGAGAACGCAGGCGUACAUUGAAGCCGGAAAAACAAACAGUAGAAUCGAGGAGGUGGUAACGGAACAAUUAGCUGAAGUAAAAUCCUUAGAGAGGUUAAGAGACUUUAAAACCAACUAAUUUGUCCUGGGAAUAAAUCGUGAAUACGUGGGAAAAUGCUUAAAUGAGGAUUUAAGUAUUUAGAAUAAAUUAAUACAGGACUUAAGCGUAACAUCAACAAGGACAUUCAUAAGACAAUAGCAAAACGGCUUUAGGCAAUAACGAAACUAAUAGAAUGGCUGGAGUAAGAAGAACAAUUGUGCUUAGAGUGAAUCUUAUUUCACCACCUCUGAGCAUUAACUUAAUGGGUAAAAUCUUAACAAAUAAUAAAAUGCGCGUUUCUAAAUGAAGGAAGAAAUAUCAGCGGAUCAGUUUGCUAUGUGAGAAUUGUGAGAAAAGUUAUAACAAGUUAAGUAGCAAUUCAUAAUGUAAUAUAUUGUCAGAGAAAAUUAAUGAAGAGUGAUCUUUUGAUGUCGCAGGACCUUUGUUACCGAAGAAUAAGUUUUAUAACAAAUAUAUCUUGUUUAUCGUUGAUGGCUCUACAGGAAACAUUUUGAGAUAAGGCGCUAACAUAAAUAAAUUCCAGGACAAUAAUAAAAGCAGUACAGGAACUAGAGACUGCGCGAGGAAGACUAAGCAGUGUAAGGAAAGGAUAACACUAGCUUUUGUCGUCUGAGAGUCAGAAAAAUGACUCGCAAAAAGCACAUAAAAUUAGCCCAGAAUGUGAAAUAUUCGCCUGAGAGUAAUGGAACUGCACAAUGCAGUAUACGAAAAACAAAAGGAUAUUUCAGGGCAAAUGCGAACUAUCGCAUGUGGGAUUUAUUUUAGAACAGGCUCUGUAUUAUAUUAAUUCAACAAGCGUUGAAAGAAAAGAAAAAACCGACAUUAGAAAGUAAUAAAAAAAAUUGCUUUCUAGGACAGAACGUCUAUACAAGGUUAGUUCACAAGGAUAUGAACAAACCAUUUAAAGACACUAUUACUAAGAAACACACGAUCGUGCGAGUAAUUAGUGAUCACAUGGUUGAGUUAGAAAACAAUAGAAUUUGGUUUAAAAAGACAUUUGAUUUUGGUUGAGAAUUAAAGUCUUACCUUAAUCCAAAUUGACCCUUGUCCCUUAAACAAGCAGACGCCUGCUGUGAAAGACGCGAAUUAUGUGUCGGUGCUGGGACAAAAAGGUCAUAAAAACCCCCGAGAGUUCGCAUAAAUACGCUAUUUUAAUGGUACUGGGGCAGGGAAUUUGGAGAGCAUAGGGUUAAAAUGAGCUUUAAAAAUAAGUAUGUGACCUGGCUGUCAGACAACGUUAAACAAAACUUUUAACAUCUACAAUGAGCCACAAGUAUAAAAUAAAAAAGGUAAUAAAAAUCUUUACUAAGUUGAAACUUUGACUUAUAGUCAACUAAAGACUCCUUGAUGGGGGAAAUAGAUUUAUGAUCUUGAAGGAGACUUUAGUUGACCCUGAUAACGCGAAAUUGACGAUGGCAAAUUGAAGCGUAACAACUUAGCAACUAAAUAAUUUGAACCAUGACAACUUCAUUUGACCAUGACAAAAGUGAAACAAACUGUUUCGAAUUAAAGAAUACAAAAUGGAAAAUGAAAGUAGGGAAAGAAUAAAAGAUGGAAAAGUAGAAGAGACUAAAAUAACUCUCUUAUAGAUGCCAGGGGAGUGCAUUUGUCUAUUGCCAUUGGAAAAGAUGGCAGAAAGAUGCCAAAAAGUGUGUAGACACACAAUGAAGUAUAUGUAAGGAAGUAUACAAUUGGUAAAUAGCAUAACUUUUGGAUACAAAAUGUAUUAGGUUAAUGUAGACAAUAAGAAUAUGCACCCCUAAAACAGGUAUACUGGAUUCGAUGUAAGUAUAAAAUACAUUGAAUGUAAUACGAUAAAAAAGCAAUGAUGAAAUAGAAAAAUCAUUGGCUAGCAUUUGAAUGAGUGAGGAGUGAAGACUAAAAUAAUUUGGAGAAAGAUCUAAGAUGAAAUCACACUGUGGAACAUUUCAGCCUGGUUGAACUUGGAGGUGAAAGUUCACCUACUCUGCCUUCGAAAUGUGAGUAGAACAACAACAACAUACGCUUUACUGCAGCUCACAAAUGGUUAAGACCACGUGUGGGUUUAAGUUUAUCUUUUUGGAAACUUACUAUAUCUAAAAUUUGCCAUGAUUGUUUGAUUUAAAUAGAAGCAGUAAAUACACAAAACUUAUUGAGGCGGUUAUGUUCUACAGUGUACAACAGUUAUAAAGUAUAUACAUAAAAAAUAUAUGCUGAUGUGAAAACUUUAAAAAGUUUUCAUGAUAAUUAAAAAGAGUUAUCAAGAUAAAAUGCAUAUUAUCAUCUUGGAGAUCAAAUAUAUCAAGCAGGAUAUAUAUAUAUAUAUAUACAUAUGAUUUGGACUAGAAAAGUAACAUUAAAAAUGUAUUUAGACUAAUUUGGGUUAAAAUACUGACAUGAUGGGGCAGUGGAUAGGACACAUGCCUUUGGUUUGAGAAACCUAGGUUCGAAUCCACUGUGACACACCAUUGUGUCCCUGAGCAAGACACUUAAUCCCUAGUUGCUCCAGAGGCGUGCGACCUCUAACAUAUAGCAAUUGUAAGUUGCUUUGGAUAAAAGCGUCAGUUAAAUGAAUAAAUGUAAAUGAUGUAACAUAAACACCAGGAGCAUUAUGCAUGAUGGUAAAAAGAAUGUUUGAAUAAAACAUUUCCAUUGGACAUUUGUAACUAAAUAACAAAAAAAAAAUGUUAUUUGUUAAAUCUGUCCCAGGAGUAGGUAAAAAAGAAAGAGACGUUUCACACAUUCUCUGGAGAUCAUAAACCAGUCAGAGAUGUUGUGAGGAUUGUUUUAAAGACACCACAGCUUAGCUUUUUGCUGAGUAUGUGUUGGGUGGUUCAUAAAGUAAAAUAAAUUAUUUUAUGACUAAUCUACCUCAGUUGCUAUUUAUAUUUAAGGCGGACACUGAUUGUAAACAUAACAUUGCUUACAAAUCUUGUUUAGCAUCACUAGCCUUGGAAUGCUGCUAAAAGUUUUGUUUGUUUUAUUGAUUGUGUGUAUGUGUGUGCCUCACUGUUAAGAAAUAAUAUUGAGAGAAGGAGGUGUGGAGAUUAAUACUUUUUUAAUUGACCCUUAGGGAGAACUAAGAUAUGUAGUGAUCAGACGUAAUAACAGCACCUAUGUUUGAUUUAAUUUUGAAGAUGCAAAUUUCAAAAUUGUAAAAGCACAGCAGAAGCAAGCCAGAUACUCUGAAUAAAACUGGGAUAGUGGCAAAAUGUAUAACAUAUUGGGUGUAAUGAAAAAUAACGAUGGUAAAGUAAGUAAUAAGUGUGAUUGAAUAAAGUAUUAUACAAUAUGUUAAGAAACCUAGAAAAACCGCACAAAGUCGAUCACAAUCAAGACCAUACUGUUGUAAAACCAAAUUAAUGCUAUGGCAUGAAAAUGCUUCUGUUUAAAAGGUCAAAAUUUUAAUAGGAGAUAUGUGCAGUUUUGAGCAGUUGGCUUAAGAUUAUUGGAAUGUAUUGAAGUUAAUUUAUGAAACACAUUCCUCUCAGCUAUGAGGAGUAAAAGCAGAAGAACACAGAGAAGUUCAAAUGUGGAUCAUAAAUUGUCUCUCAAAGGACGAGUUGGUGUGAUUCAGCCACACACUGAUAUAUUUAAACUGAACCUUUUUGAAACACAGUUAAAUGACCAGGAGAGUCUGAUUAUGGCGGACCACUUUCUAGAAAAUCAGGAAUUGGCAGAAGCGGUAAAUGAGGCUAAGAGACUGGAACUUAGGAGAACAGUGAGGGGUCAAUUAUUAACAAGAUGUGGAACAGAAUAUUGGAUUGCAGUUCACAAGGAUGAAUGUGUCUCUUGCUACAGGCAUCCUGUAAUGCAAAGAGUUGAAUUAAGUAUGGGACAAUUCUGUCGAGAUUGUUUCAAGACUGUUAAAAUAAUGACUUGGGUUAAUGAAGAUAAGACAACAGAGCAUUACUUGACAACUUUUAAUCUAAUGGAACGCACUAAUGCUACGUUAUUUCUGAGGUACCGAGAUAUACUCAAAAGGCUUCACCCAGAGGUUGAGGAAAUAUAUUAUGAUAUUGAUGGACACAAGGAUUGGACUAAAGAUAACAAAGACCUUGUAGUACAUGAGCUUCAUAGAAGUAAAACAUUGAAGAUUGUUAAACUCGAUGGAGUUUUUUAUCUCAUAGAGCUAAACAUUGAUGAUUGCAUCAAAAAGGAAAGGGUCGCAACUUCUGCCCCCCCAGUUCUCCAGAAGACUUCAAUGAUGACUGUGGCUCGUGGAGAAGUGCGUAAAAUGCAGGAGUCCAUGAUUCCGUUGAUUGGUAAUUGUAAACAAUGUAAGAUCAAUGGAAGGAGCCGCCAGUUCUUGUGUCAGAACUCUGAAGGAGAAUUGAUUGGUGCAUGCUACCAUGAGAUAACUGAUGGAAAAUUUAUAAAAGCAAAUUUUGGAGGCUAUCUGAACGUAGUGUUGCAAAGUGUAAAACAUUGGCCAGUGGGUGAUCAAGUAAAAGGAAUUAUAGUGGAAAGUAAUUGGGUAAGACCAAUACGCAAAGUUCCCUGGGUCAACAACUAUUUGAGUAUAUCUCAGCACAACAUUUUUACUAAUAGGGGUGAAAUGUACUUGAUGUUGAAAAAAUAUGAAAGGAGAGUUGGAAGAUAUCAGCCAUACUUAUGUUUGAAAAUGAGAACUUAAAGGCUGUAUAAUAUUGCAUGAAGGGGGUGUUGUGUAAGAUGCAAAUUAUCCAACCUUUAUAAGCCAAAUAAUACACCUAAUUUUAUAUGUAUUUCUUCUGAGCAAUAUAAACCUGUGGUUUGUUAUUUUAUACUCCUUUUACUAUGUUAAACUCUUUAUGUUACUUAAUACGCCUAGGGUGGCUUUGAUGUAAAGUAUUAUAAUCAUUGAGUUGGGAGUAUAUGCAUGACAGCUCUUAAAUUGCAUGUUUAAGGAGUGACACAAAUAUGGUUUUGUAUUUACUAGUUUAUUAAGAGUAGAGAGAUUGAUGCAUGUAUUAGAUAGAACAAAGCUUAAGGGAUAUAUUACAGUUUAAAGCAUGAUUUAAAGACCUGUCUUCGUGGGAGAAAGCGCAGAGGAGUUUGGAGAAGAACGACAAAGAGACUUCGUCAUAUAUUUAAGAUAUUAGGGGACUUUCCCAGUAGACGUAAGGAUCAAAGGCGUGCCAUGAGGCCCUGAAUAUGAUUCCUGGAAUUCGGACCCGAGACCGUGCCUAUAAAUUGAUGCUGGUGCAGAACUUAGGCAGAUCUGGAAGGGCAACAUCCAGCAUCUCCGUUGUCUGACAGCCUGAUAUCUUGUGUGCUCUAGACUUAAUACUUUUUAGACUUUGUAAUUUUUGUCUUAUUACUUUUAGUUAACUUGGUAUUUUUAUUUCUUUUCUUUAUCUUUUUAAUUCGGCAAAACUUGUAAUCGCAACUAGCUAAAUUGUAUUAAUAAAUUUUUUAAAAGACAAGAAG